GGAUUUCGUCAUAACGUUGUUGGCGUGUGCUAGAUGUCAGUGCAGCAAACACCAUUGUCGCCUCGCGCCAUGUGUUGAUAUUACCAUAAAACCAAAACAUUGUAUUUGUAGAAUGCGUGCUGAAGGAAGUUACGUUCAGUGUUCAUAGAUGGAUUACAGAUAAAGUAGGAUAACUAUCAGCUUGGCAAGAAUGGAUACUGAAUUAAAUGAGCAAUGUUGCAGUCAUCCUGAAUCAAAACAAGAUUUAGGAGUUAAAAUUGAGGCAGAAUUAGAAACAACAAGUGAAUGCUGUCAAUUAGUCUCACAGAAAGAUUUGCAUCGUACCUGCAGUGAAAUCCCCAGUAACUCCCCACUCCCUGAAUCUGUAACACCACAAAAUGAAACUACAACUGAUCACUGUACUCAAAAUACACAUGAGGGAAAUUACUCAAUUCUAGAGAAUCUUAAAGAAUGUUCUAAUUUCCAACAACCUAAUUCUACUGGUUCAACAAAAAUGGAAUGUGACAAUAGUGAAGAAAAUGUUGUCACUUCUGAAGUUGAACCAAAGACUACCUCAUUGACAGGCCCUGCAAUAGAAAAAAACCCAUUGCCAAUAUCAAGAGCUGCCUUUGACCAAGACGAUGCUAUUCACAAGAUAGAUGUUCAUAUGGAAGAAAAGAACCUCAUUUCUUCAGAUAUUUCCUCUUCGUCUAGUGAUGAGACCAGCAAUGAGUCCGAAACUGAAUCUUCAAUAUCUGGUUAUGAGGUGCACUCAAAUAAUGAAGCUGGUAAUGAGGUUGAGGAAAAAUCCAUCCAAGUCCCACAUCCACCAGCAACAAUCAGAGAAAUACAAAUUGAGGACCUGCCCGAGGUUCAAUACAUCAACAUGGUUCUUGAUGAGAAAGUGAAAUUGAGCCCUCUAGGAGUGAUCUCAAGUAUCAUUGGUCAACUAGUAAUCAUUAAAUCCUUAGCAGAUACACCUGCCCUUGACAUGGAGACCGUGCUGUUUAAGGAAGACAGGCAGGCUCUAGGCAAGGUAUUUGAAGUGUUUGGUCCAGUGCAAAAUCCUCUCUACUCAAUGCGAUUUAACUCCACCACAGAUGUCAGUAACCUUGGCAUUAUGCUUCAAUUAGACGUGUUCUAUGCACCGUCAGCAUUAGACCUCACGGCAUAUGUGUUCACGUCACAGCUGCUCAAAAUAAAAGGAUCUGAUGCAUCGUGGAAGGGUGAUGAGGAACCACCUGAAGAACUAUUGGAAUACAGUGAUGAUGAGAAAGAGAAAGCUGCCAAGGCAAAAAAGAAGCAAAACAGAGAUCCCCAUAAGAGGAAGACACCUUCUCAAAAAACUGGACAGAAGUUGACAAUUGGCGAGGAAAAAAAACAUUCCACUGGAAAUGGUAUGCGAAGAUUCCGUCAGGAUGCAGCGGCAAAUAACAAAAAUGCCAGGAAUUGGGGAGACCUAGGCAGGAAUCCUCAUCCAGAACAACCGUCACAAAGCUCUGCAAGGGGAUCCUGGCCACAGCAUCAGAACUACCAACCACACCAGCCUCACCAUAUGUCAUCGUAUCAGCAAUACUCUCAGUAUCGGCAGACAUCUCCAUAUCAUCAGCAUCCCGCAUUACCAAUCAACGUGCCACCACCACCUUAUGGACAGAUUAUCCCACCUAACGUGCCAUUCCCACCACCCGCAGCUCCUGCACCCCCAGCUUCUUUCCAGCAUUGUCCUCCCACCGUGCCACCGUAUAUAGACACAUCUAAGCCACCACCAUCAAUGUGGAAUUCUCAGACACCAUAUAGUUACUCUGGACAGCCAAGAUUUGGUAGUGAUACUAAUAACCACGCCAUGGAUAUGUUGUCUUUUCUGAUGAAUGUGCCACCACCACCCCCUCCAACUUGAGAGUACAAAGAACGGCCUUCCUGUCUGAGGACUUGUGAUCAGUACCAACUUUGUUAUGAAGAAAAAAAGCCUGCCCCGGCUCAGCAAUCCAGGACCAAUCAAAGUAGCUUUAAGAAGAGGAAAACCUUGGCCCUAUAAGAUUUUUUAAUAAAUAAAUGAAUAAAUAAAUGAAUUGUAUACCUACAUUCAAUUGACUAAGUUUAGGGCCAAUAGCAAUCUUCAUUAAUGCCUUGGUGGAAAUAGAUGCAAUUGGUGAAAUUGAAUUAUGUGAUCAACAUCAUUUUACUUGAAAAUAAUACUACUUGUCACCUGUUGUACAUACAUAUCCAGUGUAUUGCAUUUUAAAAUAAGUGUUAUGACAUGGGUUUUGUAUGAGAUAUUGUAAUAUCUCAAGAGAGACUUUCUUGGCAUGCCUUUUACAUCAAGUAUGUGUUGUAUAUUUCAUUUUAUUCUUAUGACUUUUGUUUUUUUCUGUUAAAGCAUCGAUAUCUAGAAUUCUUGUUAUGUAGUGAAAAUACAUCUGGUUUUUUAGACUCAGGCCUAUCAUUUACAACUACCAUAUACAGUAGUCGCAUAUACCCCUGUAAGGUGAUCCACAUACAAGAAGUCCCCCCCUCCCCCAGUAAAUUUAGAAAAUUUUUUUAUGAUUUUUGUAUGUCGGAUGUAUAAGAUGACCCCCCUAUAUCAUCGUUGGUAUUGCUACUUUUUGCUGCUCUAUAUGGCUUUGAUACUGCAUCUAGCUAGCUAAAAAUGGAGGCAAUUGUAGUGGUAAUCUUCCAAUCUUCUUUAAAUCGUAAUAGACGAUCCGCACAUAUUACGAACAUGAUUUAAGAGUAACAGAUAUGUAUGUGUUGCCCAUUUAAGACAACUUCCUAUUUUUUGAUCAUAAUUUGCUAAUUUAAGCCUCGACUUAAUACGUGAGAAUAUGCGAUAUAAAGAUGAUCUUGUUUGGCUUUAGUGCUCAGUCAAUUCUCGUUCAAACAGAAAACCACAGCAUGCAAAUAGUGCAACUUGGAAGCUCUAUUGUCAAGUGAUAUUAAUUAAGUUUAACUAUCUCUAAACAUUUUAAAAGAAUUACUGCUCUGCUAAACUAUGUCAUUUAUAGUGUAGGAUAAAAAUACAUCAUAUUAUUUCGCUGUUCCUUUAUUCGGUACUGUUAUUAUUUCAGUAUCUAUUUGUUAUUAGAGUGUGUUGAAAAUGAUGUUGCUUCAUUAGUUGUGUUUUCCGUCAUUUAGGGGCUGUUAAUGCGGGGAAAAAAUAAACGACCUUAGGCGUUUAUUCCAAAUGAGGCUCUGGGGGGAGGCGUUUAUUUGAGGGAGGCAUUUGUUCCAAAUGAGGCUCUGGAUGUGUCUUUUAUUCAAAUCAGGACGUUUAAUCCAAUAAAUACGGUACUGUAUAUAUGUUUCAUAGAUUACUUUAUUGGCUAAUACAGUAAAUGUUUUCGUCUCAUUACAAUAUUUUAUUGCUAAUUGAUUUAUGUUUGUGGGCAGUAAAGAACGAGGAAUUGUAUGACCAAUAUA